GCCUUUGGCAGCCGCCUGGCAGUCAAGUCACGGCGCUGGCUCGGGAUCAAUGUGCCAACGACGCAGGCAUGUGCCGUCUGGCCCGAUCCAAGUGCGGAGCUUCGUGAAGCUGGAGACACAGAGCAGAACCUCGUGCUGGAAGACUGCACGGCGAGCGUGGAUCAUACAGAGCUGCUCCAGAUGCAUGGACUUCUCGCUGCUGACGUGUCGGCAUUGGCAGAUGCCAUUCCAUCUUUGCAGCCUCAUGCCAAAAUGCUUUCGCAACGAUGCCUUUUCGGCCUGCCUGUCGAAAUGGUGCAUACAGGCUGUGCGGUAUUGCGCCUCGCUCUAUCAGCUGACAUGCUGGUUCAACUGCACGACCAAUCACAGCUUCUGGAGACGAUGAGACGUGAGGAAGACGUCAUGCUCUCUGCAAGGCACUGGGAUAAAGUCGCCGAAAUAUCUGCGGGUCGCUCAUUGGAUCAUGCCCACUGCGCUUGGGAGGAGUUUGUCUGCUGGUUGAGAUUAUCUCCCGUGGAAGUACAACGUCAUCAAACGACAGUGAACGAGCUGUGGGCCAAGCUGCAAGAGUUGAACAUCUCUGACGCAAAAUGGAGCAAUCCGUACGAGCCGAUCACCUUCCAGACAGUCCAUGUUGCCGGAUCAGUUGCAAAACUUACAGCGUCCAGGCUCAGUUUUGACGUGGACCUCACUUUCGUGACCGCAGACCGGCGUCCGCUGAGCGUGCUGCGCAAAAUAUUCUUGACGCAGUGCAGGGCGUGUUUGGCAAAGGUGGAAGGCGUUCAGAUUCAGCAAGAGAAGCCGGGCGCUAUCGCCGUAGGCAUCAUCUACAAUGGUCUCGUGUUGGACUUACUGAUUGGACGAGACCUUGCUGCACAGAAAGAGACUGUGCACCACAUCGAGCUUCAGCCAAAAAUGACUCCUCUGGAGGAGAGCAAAGUGCGUGACAAGCACCGCCAGUUCUUGCAACUCGUGCUUAUGGAGAUGGCAGAUGCCGAGGCAAAGAUGUGCAUCGCAACUUACGGCCGCAUGGCAGUGCUGUAUGCACAGCAGUAUCCACAGGUGGUACGUGAUUGCGUCCUUCUGCUCAAAGCUUGGAGACAUGGCCUGAUGAUGGACCACUUUCGCGAACUGCUAGAAACAAACAUGCCCGACAUGCGUGUGACCGACUGCCAGCAAAAUGAAGAUGUGUUCGGCAUGCUGCUACAGCUUCGUUUCAUCGCUUGUGCAGAGGUUGCACCGUCCUGUUUCCUGGAACAGCUUGCUAUGUGGACGUAUGGCGAAAUGGAAAGAAGCGCUUCGGACUUCCAAGGUGGUUUGCCUGGUGCUGUGCUUUUGUUCCAGCAAGUUAUGCUAAUGAUGGCCGACCUUGACGUUCACAGCCCAAGUCCGAAGGUCUUGGUUCCUUACAGGACAGAAUUUCUCAUCCGCGACUGGGCAUACUUGGAGGCAUCGAUGUGUGCAGAUGCUGCCCAGAAUGAUCGGCCGGUGGUGAUGUGGAACCCCUUCAAUGCACGUGACGACAUGGCCCGGAAAGUUUCAGCGGAGGCCUGGAAAAGAAUGAAGACGGCUGCAGCCAGGGCAGUGGAUGCUCUCAACACAAGCACUUCGCAGGUUGAGCAACUGGCACAAGUCAUGCAUCCGUUCGUCCGUGACAAGUUCUUACGAUUCUUAGACGCUGGCACAACGAGCGCCUGGAGCGUACUAGAUCCGCCGCGAAGAGUCGACCAUGACUGCACGGCUCCCGUGACCGAGCUCGUACCGGUGCCCGUGCCGGUGGUUGUUCCCGUCGCAGUCCCGGUGCCUGUGCCUGUACCGACCCCUGCUACAGCCCAGUCACAUGGUGUCUAUAGGCGUGUCAUGGGGCUCCUUUCGUUACUUGUUACUAGAUCCCUCCAAUCGCCCGGUGUUGCUCGGCCUGUCCCUGUCACCAUGGGCGGAAUUGCAGCUGCUGUGGCGUGGGCAGAAGAGCGGCAAGAUUUGUCAUACGCGUACGCGGCUGCCGAGUGCGGUUGA